AUGAUCAUUCUCACUGUGUUGCUGAGUUUUGCUGCUGUGUUACAACAACCUGCUUCAAAAGCACAUGCAGUAGGAAUUGGACCAGCUGAGCGAAAUCAGAUUGUUGACAAGCACAAUGCCCUGCGGAGAGGAGUGCAGCCACCGGCAAGCAACAUGCUGAAGAUGAGAUGGAAUUCAGCUGCUGAAGCGAAUGCAAAACGCUGGGCAAGCAACUGUCGAUUUGCUCACAGCCCAAGUAACCAAAGAGUUGCCGAUGGCAUCUCAUGUGGUGAAAAUAUAUAUGCAUCAUCUCACGCUACUCCAUGGAAUGACGUGAUUCAAGCUUGGUACAACGAGGUGAAAGAUUUCAAGUACGGUGUUGGAGCAGUCCGUCCAGGGGCCGUAACUGGUCAUUACACUCAGGUGGUUUGGCACAAGUCUCACCUAAUUGGUUGUUAUGAUGCCCAUUGUCCUCAAAACAGCAUGAAGUACCUCUACGUUUGCCAGUACUGUCCUGCAGGGAACAUGAUGGGAUCACUUCAAACCCCAUAUAAGUCUGGGUCACCUUGUGGGGACUGCCGUGGCUCAUGCGACAAUGGAUUAUGCACCAAUCAUUGAAAAUAUAGAGAUAAGAACAUCACCUGUGAAGCUGUAGUGAAAUCACAAGGAUGCAAUAAAUAGGAAAUUAUGCAAGAGUGUGUCGCUUCUUGCAAGUGCCCCCCCCCCUCCGAAAUAACAUAGGAGGUCCCUCUUGGGGCGUUCAUCAUCUUCGCUGAACUCUGCAUUCUCACUUAAAUCAUACAAUCCUCCAGUUUCUUCUGACAGAUCCCGUCUAAAUGAAUUUUUUUAACAUGUUUUUGAAACUGAAAACUCAUAAAAAGUCUUGCAUG